AUGUGCGCGAAACAUGUGUCCGUUGCGAUCCACAGCUGCGGCAAACGUGUAGAGAAGGACUACAAAUUUGAUGCUUGCGGAGACAUGUCAGCGCCGAGUCAUACGGUGACAGAGAAUGAGCUUGCCUCGACCAAGCGGGGCCUCGACUACCACGCUCUGAUGUUUGGAGUCGAGUGGCAGUCGAGCGUCCUGCUGGACGUGUUCGGCAUGGCGUCGAUAUUCUACGCUAUCCUCACGGGCCGGUGGCCGUACAAGCCGACGCCGGGCCGCUUCCAGAAAGUUGUCUACCCCAACUUCAAACUGGAAAAGUUCCCCGACGAUGUCACGGAUUUGCCGGCCGGAGACGUGACUCUGGCAUGCUGGAAGAGGGAGUUUGCGACGGCCAAAGACGCGCUGGCGGCUCUGGACAGAUCUCUCGAGGGUGUCGAGGUCCGGGGCGACAAGUGUGCCGAGCCAAGAGCCGUCACGGAGGAAGAGGGUGGACGAGAUGAAUCAAUGGCAACCUAA